AUGGAAGUUAAGCUGGCAAGGAUGUCUCUUCUUAUGACAGAUGGAUCCCCCAAAAGGCCCUAUGGCGUGGUGGAAGAUGUACUGGUGCAAAUCAACAACCUGAGAUUCCUGGCGGAUUUUGUGGUGCUAGAGAUGGAGGAAAAUGAGGAGAUCCCUAUUAUUCUUGGACGGUCGUUCAUGAAGACGGCCAAAGUAAUCAUCAAUGUUGAUGAAGGUACCAUAGCUCUCAACGACCAAGAAGAGGAGGUGAUUUUCAAUGCCUUAAAUACUGGGCAGCAAAUUCAAGGGAAGAAAACUAGUCCCAAAGCUGUAAUUAAAGAUUCACCUGGGACUAGUACCAAGGCUGAAGGAUGA